AUGCUGCUCAAAGCAGCUCGGUCGUCGUGCUGGCGCCCGACGGCGCGGUUCACUCGUCCGAGCUUCGCCGGCCCGUCCCCGUGGACGAGGCGCAAUGGCACUCAACAGCGCGUGUUCACCAGUGGUGGUCCUCUGUACAAUAAGGUGUCAGAUAGCAAAAAUCCAGCGUCGGCAAAGGACAACCCAGUCCCGGCCCCGGCCCCGCCAGCGUCGCAACUAGCCAAUGCCCAGGUCGAGAAGGCGGAGGGCGAUGCGAAAGCACCAGCCAAGAAAGACUUGCUGAGCGAGUCGUCCAAGGCCACAAAAGAACAGCGAAAGGCAGACUGGGCUAUCAUGAGAGAAAUGGCCAAGUACCUCUGGCCGAAGGACGACUGGGGCACCAAGCUUCGUGUUGGAACCGCAUUGUCGCUGCUCGUAGGCGCAAAGGUUCUCAACGUCGAAGUUCCCUUCUACUUUAAGAGCAUUGUGGACUCAAUGAACGUUGAUUUUGCUGCCGUCGGUGGUACUGCAUAUACCGUGGCUGGCUCCAUGAUCAUUGCCUAUGGUGCAACCCGUAUCGGCGCAACUCUGUUCCAAGAACUUCGCAAUGCAGUCUUUGCUAGUGUUGCCCAAAAGGCCAUUCGGAAGGUGGCACGAAAUGUCUUUGACCAUCUGUUGCGGUUAGACCUCAACUUUCAUCUAUCGCGUCAAACUGGCGGCUUGACUCGGGCCAUCGACCGUGGUACCAAGGGCAUCAGCUUCUUGCUGACUUCAAUGGUCUUCCAUGUCGUCCCAACGGCUCUUGAAAUCUCUCUUGUUUGCAGUAUUCUGACCUACCAAUAUGGCGUGAAGUUCGCGGCCAUUACCGCCACAACCAUGUUGGCAUACACUGCAUUCACAAUCACCACGACAGCCUGGCGAACCAAGUUCCGCCGCCAGGCCAACGCCGCCGAUAACCGUGGAGCUACCGUUGCGGUUGACUCCCUGAUCAACUAUGAGGCUGUCAAGUACUUCAACAACGAGAAGUUUGAGGUUGCCCGGUACGACAAGGCCCUGAAGAACUACGAAGAUGCCUCGAUCAAGGUGACCACUUCAUUGGCCUUCCUCAAUUCCGGCCAGAAUAUGAUCUUCUCCAGUGCGCUGGCCGGAAUGAUGUACUUUGCCGCUGACGGGGUCGCGACUGGUGCUCUCACGGUCGGAGAUCUGGUUAUGGUCAACCAACUCGUCUUCCAGUUGUCCGUUCCCCUGAACUUCCUUGGAUCCGUCUACCGCGAACUGCGACAGUCUCUGCUGGACAUGGAGACGCUGUUCAACCUGCAAAAGGUCAACGUGACGAUCCAAGAGAAGCCCGAUGCGAAGCCCCUGCAGCUGAAGCGCGGCGGCGAGAUUCGCUUCGAGAAUGUCACCUUCGGCUAUCACCCGGAUCGACCGAUCCUCAAGAAUGCCACUUUCACCAUCCCAGCCGGAUCGAAGUUCGCCAUUGUAGGUCCCAGCGGCUGCGGCAAGUCCACGAUCCUGCGACUGCUCUUCCGCUUCUACGACACGCAGUCGGGACGGAUUCUCAUCGACGGUCAGGAUGUGCGCGACGUGACGCUUGACAGCCUCCGGCAGGCGAUUGGCGUGGUGCCGCAGGACACGCCACUGUUUAACGAUACAAUUGCGCACAACAUCCGUUAUGGCCGGAUUGACGCAUCGGACGCCGAGGUGCGACAGGCAGCUGAGCGUGCGCGCAUCCACCAGCUGGUAGAGCGGCUGCCGGACGGAUAUCAGACGGCGGUGGGUGAGCGCGGCAUGAUGAUUUCAGGCGGCGAGAAACAACGCCUGGCGGUUUCACGACUGCUGCUGAAGGAUCCGCAGCUCUUGUUCUUUGAUGAAGCGACUUCGGCACUGGACACCUACACCGAGCAAGCCCUGCUCCAGAACAUUAACAGUAUUCUCCGGGAGAAGAGUCGCACGAGCGUCUUUGUGGCGCACCGCCUGCGCACUAUCUACGACAGCGACCAGAUCCUGGUCCUGAAGGACGGCCAGGUCGCCGAGAUCGGCUCGCACCGCGAAUUACUCGAGCUGGAGGGCGUUUAUGCGGAGCUGUGGAACGCCCAGGAACUGUUAGCGCAGGAUGAGGAGUAG